GUCCUUUCUUUGCUUGUAGCGAUAUGCCGUUUUCCCAGGGCGGCCUGCCUACGCCUCUUGCUGCUCCUCUUAUUUAUCUUCACAACAACCCCGUGAGGUAGCCUAGACAGGCCUAAUCCCCCCUGCCUUUCCAUGUUGUUUGCUUCAAUUCCAAGAGGUCGGCUGGGCCCAAAGUCACUGCCUGGCCCAGAGUCAUUCUCCUCGUCGCCAUCUUCUGUUCACAACAGUCUUGUGAGGUGAAACCUGUUGUUGCAACUUCCAACCUCUGUUUGUUUGGAAAAGUUAGUCAUUUUGGAAACAACAGUUCGUGCGCUGAAAGCGGGACCAUGGUUAAACAAAGUGCCACGUUCAGUUGUUACAAGCCACAGGUAAAUUGCACUAAGCAAGAAAUGGACACACAGUUGUUCUCCCCGUUGUUUGGCGGGAUAACCAAUACGCCGCCCACCGUGGAGUCUCCCCAGUUGUACAGUAGCUGGUCAACGUGUGGAGAUGAUAUUGCUGCUGUUACUUCGUCACACAAUUGCACAGAUGUGAGGACACAGUUAAAUCUGUCUUAUUCAGGCAGAGGCCCUGAUAUGCUUGGCUUAGUGCCAAGCAUCCUUGAGGAGCCAAACAAGCAGGAAACUGUUACAGACUGGGAUUCUUUGUCAAGAUUGUUUCCACCAGUGUGGUCAUCAGACUUUGAACACAAUAGCAGUUUCUCAGGGCUUUUUCCUACAACAGCUUUGGAAAAUGACCACCUUACCAAUCCCAGUGAACAAAACUUGGAAGAGUCAUCGUCUGUAGAGCUAUUAAAGAAAGAACUUGAAGAUUUCCAUGUGACCAGAUCCUGGCUUGUACCUUCUGAUGCCUGCCCUCAAUCACCUGAGAAGACUUUGACGAAUGCUAAACCGGAAAACAAGGCUUUUAAGAAUAAUGGAAUCAGUCCGCUAGGCUGCUUCAAAUACGUAUGCAAUUAUGACCGGAAAGGAUUAAAUAAUGGCAGCGGGAGCACUUCUUCCUCUCAGAGUAGAAAAAGCAACUGUUCUGAUGCUUACAGAGGAUGUCAGAGAGCUGACAAAGCAAGAGGCGUGCUUGGGGAGGAUGAUACAGAACAAUCCAGCGAGUAUUUCCUUUCUCCUGAACUAAAACAUGGGAGCAUGGGACCCACCAAUCCAGGUGGAACAUGGGACCCACCAAUCCAGGAAAAGAACCUGUAUUCUACAGGCUACGUGGGUUUUACUGCUGUUCGCGACUUGCCGCCAUUUAGUUACCAAUAUCCUUACUUUCUUGGUCCAUCUCCUACCAGCUUUCCCGAAGGAAAGGCUGCCACACAAAACAGCAGCCAUCGCACUGGUGCUGAGAUGACUUUGGGCAGUGCCGAGUGUAAGAUCCCCGUGCACCCUCCGAAAAGCUGCUAUAAUCACUUGCCUCUAAAACCAGCUCCUCAGAAUACAAAUUCAUCUUACAAUGGGUAUACAUGGCUGGAUUCAAAAAUGAUAAGACCCAUACCCACAACAUAUGUCAGUUACGGGAAGCAAAAGCGCCCUGUAAUGACUUCAGGGUUUGCAAUUAAGUCGAGUAGAUAUUCCACUGAUCGGUCUGUUACCCAGCCUUCCUAUUCACAGGUGUCACCAGAGUUGUCCUCAAUAAAAGAUGGGAAGUUGCAGACAUUUGCUAACAUUCCCAAUGGCUCAGGGUUUUCCAGUUGCACAGAAAAUCAGGAGCAGCAUAACCCUAUUGCACAGAAUGAUUCUCUAGCUACUACAGAGGGCUACUAUGAUAAAAUAUCUAUUAACUCUUCUAGCUGCUUAUCACAGCAGCAUUGUAUACAUGAGUCUACAGAAUACCACAAAUUUCAGAAUAAGCAAAACCGAUAUACCACCGAUGACAGAGCAGGGCAGAAUGAGAGAAGACGUAAAAAUAAUUGGAUUGCACACACAGGUUAUGUGGGUGCAGAGCGAGCACAACUUGAUGUGUCAAGAAGAAAACAAGAACGAAAUGGUGCUGCCUUGUCUGAUUUCAUCAGUCCUUCUUACCUGCCUCUUUUCCCAUUAGUGUCUGGAUAUAAACACCUGCCUAAUUUUCCUCCGUUUAAUCCCCCUCCAUAUUCGUCACCAACUAAUGUUGCAUUCCCUCCAUUGCCAUUUUCAUUGUCUGAACUCGUGGACCUUCUUCAUUAUGAUGACUUUCCCCAAUUAAGCCCUUUCAUUAAUGAACUCUUCUGUGGAGAUAUGGCUACACCAUACCUUGCCUUUCCACCACCGCUUAAUCACUACAGACCUCCAAAGAAUCGCAGUGGUCCUGCAAAUGAGCUUCAUUGUCAUCUGGAAGAGUGUUAUGAACAGUGGAGAGCACUUGAGAGGGAAAGGAAAAAGACAGAGGCUGACCUAGCAAGGAACUUCCCUGGAAAGAGGGUAUCCAGCUCAAAUAACACUCCAUUUUCCCGGCUUCCUGCUAAACCUUCCCGGGUGGAUCGUCUGAUUGUGGACCAGUUCCGAGAACAGGCCAGAGUACGCACCUUAAUUGGGAAGAUGGAGCGCCUCGCUGGUAUUCCCGUCCACAGUAACAUAUCCACCACUCUGGGGCAUCAUUUGGAAGCCAUCCGUGUUACCCAAGCAAGGCGCAAGGAUGAGAUUGUUAAUGCUGUUAAUCCUCAGAGACAAGGAAUGCCUCAUUACAGUAAUGAAAAAGCGGUCCUUGCCCUGGCUUCGGCCAUUAAAAAUCUGGCUUUCUUCACACGCAAAGCGCGCACGGCUCUCUGGUGCGCUCUUCAGAUGACUCUGCCAAAAACCUCAGCGAGCCCUCUAGUAAAAAAGGAAGAAGUGGAGCGAGCGUUGCAGGAGCUCUGUCCCGCAGAUGGCGGCUUGCAGAUGAAGAUCCUCAUGGGAAACAAGGAGAAAGAGGACAGGAGAGAGAAGCCCGAAGAGUCCCAGCAGGUCGUCAAGUGAGCGCAUCCACGUCAGUCUCAUAGCGGUGCAGGGAGUAUGCUGGCCUUUCAGCAGGUCCAGACGAGCCGUACUGCACUCACUCACUGUGUGUUUCUGUAAUAGUAUUGCACCGGUCUUAACAUUGGUGGUAUGUCUGUUGUGUGAAGCAAAAAGGGUCAGCUAAGUAGAGACAAGCAGUAGUAGUUCAUCUUCUCACUGGUGCGAAGCUGGUGGCUCAAGCCUUUAAUUGGGAAACUAGCAAAUGGCCAAGAUCAUUCUGGUGUUUUACAGUUUAUCACAUUUUUGCAGUGACACAUAGUUAUUCAUUCAUCUUUUUGUAAUGUUACUGUUAAGUGCCAAAGUGAUUGCUAAAAGCUAUGUUUGUUUUUUUUAACUGAUAACGAUUAAUGCCCAUUUCCGUUGUGGAAUUGUCAAGAGUUGUAGUUCAUGAAAUUAGAAUAUGAAGAUGUGUUGCCGCUUAAGCCUUGAGCUGGACUAAUCUAAACUUCUUCAGAUUCCACAGUUACAGUAAUAUAACAGGAGCUGUCAGUAUUGAAAGAAAAGGAAAAACAGUUCUAAAUAUGGUGCAUCAAAUAUUUAAUUAUGGUGUGAGCAUUAACCGGGGAGGUUAAAUUGUUUAGAAUUAGAAACUGAAUACUUGCCUUAAUGGCUUAAAACUACUAUUUAACCUGGUUUGCACUUAAUGAAAAAAUAUGGAUAUUAAUGAUUUAUUUAUUUUAAUGGUUAAUAUAUUAUGUUUAUCUUAUUUUAAUGUACACUUUGAUUCCUCAUCAGACCUAAUCAUCAGGCUUAAUGUAUGCUCAGGGUCUGUAUGUGUAUGUAUAUAUAUAAUAUCUAUAAAUAUACACACUAUAUUAUGUUUGUAGAGAUCAGAUGUUUGUAGAAAUAGUUGCAUAAAACUAACUCUGUACUAGGUUACCAAAGCUGGCUGAUUUAUUUUUAGCAUGAGGAAAUUUUGUAUGGUCAAACACCGUUAUUAAACGUCAUGCAGUGUCUUGGACAAUCAGAUAGGCUAUGUGGUAAUGUGAAUGUACAAGAUGAGAAUUCUACCAGGUUGUGCCCCGGUCCAAAAUUUUCACUUAGUUCCCCUUGAUUUUGCUUCUUUAAACUACAGAUUUUCCCCUUCACUGUUAGCAUUUGGGACAGCUUCGUGAAAAUGGUGAUGGAAUUUGGGGUAUAUGGACACACGGCUGUCCCUGACAUAGCCAUGAUUUUAUAGGGAGAGUCUAGUUCAUAGGGAUGUUUACAUGUUCUCCUGUGCAUGAAAGGAAUCUCUGGAUUGGGGCUUUAACAUUUGGUUCUUAUCACUAAUGAGUAUUAACAUUUUAAUGAUCUUAUAAAAUGUGAGAUUACCUCUGUGAAGUGAGUGAUAACUAAUGUGUUUGUGUUUUAUAUGUUAGUAAAGAACUGCAGGGAGCAGUUCUCUUAAUUCUUGGAAUGGUGUCGAAAUGUGAGGGAUUACUGGAAGGAAAAUAAUUCAAAGGAUUGGAACUGAGUUCACUUGUUUAGUAACAUGUUAAUUGGCUACUGCUCUGGGAAGCAUAAUUAAGUGAUUCAUAUAUGGACUUAAUAUCCCAUUAUUGUGUCAGUUUGUGAAUGUUUAGAGUAAUGUGGUGUGUGCCACAGAAAGUUGCCAGUAUCUCACAACUCUCCCUCCAGUUUUAAGUAGAAAGGAAUAAUUGAAAGGAAAAUAUAACUAUUUUCAGCAUCUGUUUCAGCUUGGAUGUUAGUGUGGAAGAAAUUAGUGUCUAUUUUGCACUAAUUUUCAUGAGGUCAAAUAGACUUCUGGAGUUUGAACUAGUUUACAGUAUGAGGAAUUAAUUGGAUUUAACUCCUAGUAGUAUAACUGUGCUAGCAAUUGUAAGAUGAUAGUGUGUUCUUUCUGUUUAUAAAAUCAUAGUACUUCUCCAGGACUGUGGUGUAGUAAUGAGUGUCUUAAGUGCACUGAGUCCAUAAGUUGUGAGAAUUGUUAAACCAUGAUUAUAAUUGGUUGUUAUAGGUAAUGUGCCUUUUAAAAGUCUUGAAGGAAGGAUAAAUAUAGCAGUGUGCUCAAAUUCUGUUGCAACUGAGCAAUGCAUUGAAAGGGAUUUAUAGUAAGCUGCAUUUGAUAGCUACAGCACUGGAUUCCCUAGCUUCAGAAUACGUGAAUGCCUCAACUUUCCUAGCAUUCUUUGGAGAAUGGCAGUAUCUUAUGCCCACCAAAAGAUGAGUUUCCCUUUUAUGCAUGCUAAUAAAACUCAUCUUUGGGAAUAAAAAGCAAAUAACUUACCUUCUUCUUUUUCAGAUGUUUUCCUAACAGUAUGAAAACUGGCUUUUCUGUGCCUUUGGCUCAUGUACACAUAGGACAUCUAGCAAUUAGGACUUAAUUUAGGCAGGAUACAGUCAAUCACAUGAAGAUACAUAUUGCUUUUAGACCCGAUCAAAUUCCCUAGAGUUAAGCCUGGACUAUACAGUAUUUUCUGAAUGAAGAUGUUUUGUCAUUAAUAACCCUCUGUCCCCACCCUCCACACUCCUAUGCAGGUGCUGAGUUGUCCAUCAACAUCUUGCCCAUUUUCAAAGUAGCUGCUCAUUAUCCAAUCAGAAGUGGUAUUCUUUAUUAGCACUGCUUUUAUUUUAGAAAAAUAUUUAAUCCUUUGGUUUUAGCUCAGCUUGUUGGAAGGUGUUUUCACAUCAACCUAAACUGGCCUCGUUAUUGAAAAUGAUACGGCUCUUUUCCCUCUGAUUAUGUCUGAAGCAUGUACUGUUGCUUCAAAUUGUCCACCGCGAUGUCCCAGGUGUUGUUUAGUUCUUAUUGAACUUGCUCUGCGAGCGUACCUGAUGUUUUAAAUUAGGCAGCAUAGAUAUGCAAAGUUUAGACAUAAAAUCUAAAAUGGUUUGGGGAGAUUUGUUGUGAUUGUGUGCAUAUGUGCGUGUGCGGUGGAAAGUUCUUACGAUCCUUAGCGCUUUUGUUUUCUUAAUGUGCAAGACCUGUGAUGUUGGAAGCUCUGGUGGCAGAAGUAGCCAAGACUGACAAUGAGGAACGCAAAACAUGGGUUGAAUCUGCUUUUGGGUUCUUCUUAGGGAGUUUGCUUAGGUAGUUUAUGUUACCUGCUUGACCAUUGCAAAAUGUAGCCCUUAGGAUGGACUUCCACACGGGGCUUGGUACAUAACGACUUAAAUCCAGUGGAGUGGAGGGCUCCCACUUUUGCAAAGCAUGUGCAGGAGGGUGGAAGGGGCCGAAGAGGGAAUUGUCAAAAAGAAAAGUACCUUCCCUCCUUGACUCGAGAGUAGAGAGAUUGAUCCCUUAAUGGGAUUCCACGCACAGAUUUCUUGGUCGAGCCUUACCUCGCUGCUAAAAUGUAAUUCAGCAGAUGUCCGCAGCUGCAGAGCUCAUCCUGCAAGGGCCGCAGCCCACGGAGCUGCCUAGGCUUGUGUACGGCCAGAACAGUUGUGCCUCUCUGGCCUUCAGGCAGCAGGAUCCUCAAUGCUGCAUUAUAAUGCGGCUUUUGGAACUUGGGUUUCAGCAGUUCUUUGCUGUGUGCCAUUAGGAAUUUCUGAUUUCAGUAAAACCUGAUGAGGCACAUGGAAUAUUUCACGUCUUUCUCUGGACUUUGAACUAUAAUCUUGAGAAACGGACAAAACUAGUGGUUUCAUUAACUGGUAUUUGCAUUUAAAUGUGACAAGUUAGUCAUGAUUAACUUGUUCUACUGAUUUCAGUGUGUUUUGUGUAAGCGUGACUUAGUCUGGGUCCAACCCAAUGGCUUUUAUUGCCUUUGAUCUUGGCUACCUUUAUAUAUUUGGUGAAGCAUUCGGUUCUCACUGAAUGUCUUGUACUACAAAUUCCAGGAAGAGAACUGUGUAUAUAAACCCUGUUAAAAUGAGGUAAAUAGAUAGACUCUGUCCAUUUUAAAGUCUUACAUUCUAUUUCGGCAGCCUAAAAAGUGUUUGAGAAUUCGGCAUUGUAGCAUGUAUAUUUUCAUUUUUAUUUGUCUGUGUGGAGACCCAGCUCAAAAUAGUUCCUUACAUGGUUUUAUGGCUCUUAAUCACCAGCACACAAACUUUUGGUCGAACUUUAUAUGAAAUUAUGAAAAUGGAAUUAUGCCUUUACAACAGAUUUUCAUAGCAUCUUGCAACUUGCUUUGAAAGAUAGUUUUGUUCUUUCUUCCAUUUUCAAAAAUGUGCAUAUUUUUGUUGAAUUUAGUAUUACAGUUUAUGAUGCAAAGGAAUGUUAAGUUACUUAUUCAACUUCUAGUUGAAUGAAGAAGCUUUUAACAAAAAGCUGUUGCGAUUCAGUUGUCUUGGAUAUCUUGCUAGAUGGACUUUAAUAAUUGUAUUUGAUGGCAAAAUUGGUAACAAAAAUAAAAGAAAUGUAGGCUAGAUGUUACCUUGAAACAAAUCCUUAUAGAAAGUCCCUGUGUCAUAGGAUUCCGUUUUUAGUUGUGCAUGAAAUAGAUCAAUUGAUUUCAGUAGGUCUACUCUAAGUAUAACUAAAUCUGGAAAUGACCUAUAUCUGCCAAAUAAGGCAACUGGGAAGAAAAGUUUGCUUUUUAUUUUUAUUAUAGAUAAUAUGAAGAUAAACAAUAUCUAUUUUAAUAUACGGUUUAUAGGAUAAUAUCUUGUGUAUCUUUAGCCAAUCUUGUUGAAAAGUAAAAAUGUGUACACUUGUAAUAACAUGGACUGUAACGCCUAUUACACGUUGAUUUAGUAGAUUGAACAGAACCGUGUUUACAGAGAGGUCAAGUUUCUCUAAGGAGACAUGAUGGGUCAAUUCUGGUGCUGAUUCAUUGUAUCUGGGAAUAACUGUGGAAUCUGGAAGCUACAAAAAAUUCAUUUCUACCUCUCCUGUAACUUUCUAGAUAAUAAUGAUCAAGUUUCUGGUUCAUUUUGCUGCUGGGCCCUCCUUUAAUAUUAAGAGAAUCAGGAUGCCGUUUAUCCAGGACUAGAGCAUCUGUUGUGUGAAGUUCUUUAACACACAUGUGCUUAUAGAUUACAUUAAGAAAACCAUACAGCAACAGACACAAAACGUCGUCAUGUCAUGAAAAAAGGUUUAUUUAGAUGUACGGUGAGUGUUCUUGCUAUCAAAAUCUAUCAAAAUCGUGGUGAGUGAAAUGUUCUUGCAAUGUUUUUUCUAUGUCAUGGAGGGUUUCCCCCUCUAAAUUGGUAUGAGCCUGAUUUUCACUAGUAAUUCAGUUCUUAUCUGUCAAUUAUCAGCUGCUGUUUCUCAUGUACUUUUUUUUCUUUUUUGGAAUAUUUGUUAUGUGUGCUGGCUAACACUUAAAACAAUUAAAGUAUUGAAUACCUAA